GCGGCAGUCUGUUUUCCGCCGAAGCGGCUAAAGGAGCGCAGGAGCGGCAGAGCGAUGCUGACAGCGCAGCAGGAUGUCUUUCACCUUCUUGUGUUCAUGGUUUUGGACCGUCCGACCCCUCCGAACCAUCCUUGUCCUGCAGCUCCUUCUGGUUCCACAGUACAACCUCCACCCGCAGCCCUGCCACCUCCUGGCGCAAAUCGGACACUCAUUGCGCGUCGGUGCGCUCCUGCCGGCGCAGAGGGAAGCUCGACUCCAGGUCCAGGCGGCACUGAACCGCGCCGCAGCUGCUCUAAGCCAGGACCGGGACCCGGAGCGGGUGAACUUCCUGCCCUACAACCUGAGCCUGGAUCUGGUGUCCCGGCAGCUGUCCGCGGCGGACCCGGAGUCUCUGAUCCGGUGCGCGUGUCAGCGGGUGUUGGUGCAAGGAGUGUCCGCCACGCUCGCCUUCCCGCAGAGCCGCGAGGAGCUGCUCCAGGUGGACCUGCUGGCCUCGGUUCUGCAGGUCCCAACCAUCAGCGUCAUCGAGCACGCGGAGCCGCUGCGCAUGCAGAACCCGUUCCACUUGCAGAUGGUAACAGGGGUUCCAGAGUCAGCUCUGUCUGAUCUGUUGCUGACAGUUCUGCAGCAGUCCGGUUGGAGGGAGGGAACAGUGGUUCUGUGCCAAGGCUGGGAAGAGGCGGGAGGUCUCGUGCGGUUCCUAGAAUCCCAAACCUUUUCUCCGUGGAACAGUGUGGGCAGGGUUACCUGGCACCUGCAGGCCCUGCUGAACCUGACGCAGUCAGGCGAUGAUGACACGCAGAUCCACGACUUCCUGUCCCAACACUUCAAACAGAACCAGUCCCCGCCUACGUCUGUGGUGCUUUUCGGAGCGGACCCACAGUGUGUGGCGGCAGUGCUGCGCAGCGCUCAGGAUCUUGGGCUGACCUUACCCAUGGUGCACUGGGUUCUGGGCCAGCCACUCAGCCCCGACGUGCUGCACACCAUCGGCCUGCCACUCGGCCUGCUGGCCUACGGAGAAGUGGACCGGAAACCGCUCGACUUCUAUAUCAAAGAUGCCCUGCAGCUCAUCACCAGAGCUAUCGCUGCAGCUACAAUGGUGAGACCGGACCUGGCUCUGAUCCAGAACACGCUGAGCUGCUACGAAACACCAGAAGCGCCAACAUCAGGGCAAUUCCUGUCCAGGUUCUUGGCCAAUACAUCCUUUACUGGACUCACGGGUCCUAUGAGAGUUGUUUACAACUGGUCUUUGGUACUGACUUCACAGCGGUUCCACAUCUGGAACCUGCGGCGGGACGCACUGGGGCAGCCAGCUUGGGUAACGGUGGGCAGCUGGGAGGGGGGCCAGCUGCAGGUCGAGGACCAGGAGGUGUGGCAGGGACCUAAACCUAGACGCUGGACUGAGGGGCUUAGCAGAAGGAGUGGGGGUCACUGGAGAUCCGGGAUGCCUGUGGCAGGGACUCGGGUCCGGGUUGUGACCCUGGUGGAGCAUCCCUUCGUUUUCACACGGGAUGUGGAUGAUGAUGCCAGCUGCCCUGCAGGUCAGUUCUGUCUGGACGCUGGCACCAACAAUUCAGAGACCCUGGAGCGCUACUUCAGAGAGGUGGCGGCUGGGAAUGGCAGCUCACUGCCUGUGGAGUACCGGAAGUGUUGCUAUGGUUACUGUAUAGACCUGUUGGAGAAGCUUGCUGAGGACCUGGGCUUUGACUUUGACCUUUACAUUGUCGGAGACGGAAAGUACGGAGCGUGGAAGGGGGGCCCCCUUCCCAACCAACCCAGUCCAGCGGGCCGCUGGACUGGGUUGGUUGGGGAUCUCUUGAAUGGUCUUGCAGACAUGGCCGUCACCUCCUUCAGCAUCAACUCUGCCCGCAGCCGCGUGAUUGAUUUCACCUCACCCUUCUUCUCCACCAGCCUGGGCAUCCUGGUGCGCAGCAAGGACACAGCAGCACCGAUUGGGGCUUUCAUGUGGCCCCUUCAUUGGUCCAUGUGGGUGGGCAUCUUCCUGGCCCUCCACAUCACAGCCCUCUUCCUGACCCUGUAUGAGUGGAAGAGCCCAUUCGGGAUGACACCUCAUGGUCGCAAUAGGGUGAGGGUGUUCUCCUAUUCUUCAGCUCUAAAUCUGUGCUACGCCAUCCUGUUUGGGCGCACAGUGUCCUCCAAGACACCAAAGUGCUGGACUGGCCGCUUUCUGAUGAACCUGUGGGCCAUCUUCUGCCUUUUGGUUCUGUCCAGCUACACCGCCAACCUCGCAGCUGUCAUGGUGGGUGAGAAGACCUUUGAAGAGGUCUCAGGGAUCCACGAUGCUAAGUUGCACCAUCCAUCACAGGGCUUUCGCUUUGGGACGGUGAGAGAGAGCAGCGCUGAGGAUUACAUGAAGAAGAGCUUCCCAGAAAUGCACGAGUACAUGAGACGCUUUAACAAACCAACAACGCCUGAAGGUGUCGCCACCCUUAAGACAGAUCCUCCUCAGCUUGAUGCCUUCAUCAUGGACAAAGCCCUUCUGGAUUACGAAGUUUCCAUCGAUGCAGACUGCAAACUAGCAACUGUUGGGAAACCCUUUGCUAUCGAAGGUUAUGGUAUCGGGCUCCCGCAGAACUCUCCUCUGAGCUCCAACAUCUCUGAGUUCAUCAGCAGGUACAAGUCGGAUGGUUACAUGGACCUGCUGCACGACAAGUGGUACAAGGUAGUUCCUUGUGGGAACCGAGUGUUUGCCGUCACAGAGACUCUGCAGAUGGGCAUCAGUCACUUCUCAGGACUCUUUGUGUUACUGUGUGUCGGAGUGGGCGGAGCUCUGCUGACCCUUGCAGGUGAACAUGGAUUUUAUCGACUUAUCCUGCCGCACAUCCGCCGCCGACAAAACCUGAAAUACUGGCUCCACACCUCACAGAAAAUCCACCGAGCUCUCAACAUGACGUAUGAGGAUGUGAAAAGGCAGCGAGCUGAGAGAGAGAAAAGCUGCAACCUGGAGAAGACCCAGAGAGCUCAGGGUACCCCUGGCCCACGGGGCCCUCCAGGGCCCCCAGCCUCCGGAGCUGCUGCCAAGUGGAAUAAUGAGACCAGUAAGGAUUCUCCAGUUGUUAUAGAUGCUCGAGACUUCAAGCGGGUUCACUUCAGUCUCGAAACCCUCAACACCCGCCGCCUACUUGCUCACCUUGCAGUCUCAGAAUCAAAGAGAGGCAGGGCUAAAGAUGGCGUGGAUGAGCCUACAAAGCCAAGGGCAGGCCCAACCAGCAGUUUGUGUGAGAAUGGAGGACCGUCAGCUUCAUUGGCCAGUAUGGUGCUCUCACUCCCCUCCUCUUCCUCUGCCAAACUCAGUGCCAAUCCUCCUGCAGCUACAAUCCCUCCCCUUGCUGCAGUGACCUCUCCCCCAGUAUCUACAGCUGCUCCCUCACCGGCCCCACCUCAGCCUGGAGAGCUGCAGGAGCUGCAGGAACAAAUUGAGCAGAUGAGGGAGAAGUUGAGGGUAGCGUUGGCUCGCAGGGCUGAGAUCCAGACUACACUACCCAAACCUAUUUCUACACUGACAACCAACACACUUCCAAUACCCAUGACUUCUACCGGAAACCCACCCACCCACUUACCCACCAUCACCAUAACAACAAGCCUUUCUCCCAACAGGAAGAGUGUGACAACCAUGACAGAUCCACCCCACAAAGUGCUCUCCAAAGUCCAGCCCCUCCGCAGCAGAUUGUCCAAUCAACGGAGGUGAUGCAUUUAAAUCCUGUGGACAGAGGUCUGAACUGAAAGGAAAAAACAAAGAGGUUUUUGUUUUCAAAUGACCACAUAGUCAAAACACAGAAAGCAGCACAAAAAUGUUAUCAAUGUAGCUUCCAUCCUCAUGUUAUUUAUCGCUGUUCAGAUUCUGUUUUUGGUUACAUUCUUAUUCUUAUAAAAGGUCAGUAUGAUUUUUUUUUUACAAUUUUCAAUCCAUUCAGACGUUGUUUGAAAUCAGUCCUGUAAGAAUGUUUGUAUAAAUAAGAACAAACCAUUUCAGGCCGAAUGAACAGUAAGAACUUCAAGACCGAGACAUCGACCCUGAGGAACUUCAUAUUUAACAAUUUCUCUUUAUAUUUUGUUGGUAAAAGCUCAAAUUUGCAAACAUAAAUCCAAAUUUGGCUGCAGAGUUCAGAACAAUUUUUAACAUGUUAUAUGUUUUUAGUCAGUAAGCCAAUGGCUAUGGCCAAAGUCUGUGUUUAAAUAAAAAUUCCAGUUGA